AUGAUAAAGAAAUUGUUCAUUAUUGCCGCUUUAUUUGCUACAAUUACAAGGGCCAGCCCUAUAUUAAAAAGAGAUUUAUCUUCAAAUAACAGUAGCACUAGUUAUUCGCUUGAUGAUUUAUGCUCCAUUUCGCAUGUUCGGGAGUCGUUGCCUCUGAAUGGGACUUUACUUGGUAUUGAAAUGAUUCCGACAUCUGUCGAAGUUAAUGUCGCUGAAAGUUCUAAUUACUGCUAUUGUAACAUCUCUGUUUCUUAUGCGCAUACAGGAAAAAACGAUACUAUUGUCCUCAACUAUGCUUUGCCGGAUCCUUCCACCUUCGAGAGUAGAUUUUACGUUGCUGGUGGAGGUGGUUAUAGCCUUAGUAGUUCUUCUACUGGUGGUCUUUCCUAUGGUGCUGUAGGCGGUUGCACUGAUGCUGGUUACGAUGCCUUCAGUACAUCUUAUGAUGAGGUGGUUCUUUUUGGUAAUGGUUCUAUUAACUGGGACGCAACUUACAUGUUCGCUUACCAAGGAUUGGGUGAAAUGACCACCAUAGGUAAAGCUCUCACUAGUGUUUUCUACGGAAUGUCUGACGAUGAAAAGCUUUAUACUUACUUUGAAGGUUGCUCCGAUGGUGGCCGUCAAGGUAUGAGUCAAAUACAAAGGUAUGGAGAUUUGUAUGAUGGUGCUGCUAUCGGUGCACCUGCUUUCAGGUAUGCUCAACAACAAGUCAAUCAUGUUUACCCUUCCAUGGUUGAAGAAGAUUUGAAUUACUUUCCACCUCCAUGUGAAUUGAGUAAAAUUAUCAAUGCUACAAUUGGUGCCUGUGAUUCUCUCGACGGUCGUAUAGAUGGAGUUAUUUCCAGAACAGAUCUAUGUAUGCUUAGGUUUAAUUUGAGUUCUAUAAUUGGAGAACCCUAUUAUUGUGAAGCUCAAAAUAGUACUUCUCUUGGAUUUGGCUUUAGCAAAAGAGCCGAAAGUAGUACUACCUCUUAUCAACCAGAGCAAAACGGUACAGUUACUGCUGAGGGAGUAGCUAUUGCUCAAGCAAUUUAUAAAGGCCUUCACAAUUCUGCUGGUGAAAGAGCCUAUCUUUCGUGGCAAAUUGGUUCCGAACUUAGUGAUGCUGAAACUAAAUAUAGCGAAGAUUCGGGGUCUUGGGAGCUUAAUAUCCCAUCCACUGGAGGGGAAUACGUUGCAAAAUUUAUUCAGUUAUUAAAUAUUGAUAACCUCUCAUCUCUCGAUGACAUCACUUACGACACAUUAGUUGACUGGAUGUCCACCGGUUACUAUAGAUACUUGGAUUCUUUACAAACAAUAAUACCUGACUUAACCUCAUUUUACUCGAAUGGAGGAAAAUUGUUACACUAUCACGGUGAAUCUGAUCCAAGUAUUCCUGCCGCUUCUUCGAUUCAUUACUGGCAAAGUGUUCGUUCUAUUAUGUACCAUGAAAUGUCUUUUAAUGAAUCGCUUACUGCUCUUGACAACUGGUAUCAGUUUUAUUUAGUACCGGGUGCUGCUCACUGUGGUGCAAAUAGCUUGCAACCAGGCCCAUAUCCAAAAUCUAAUAUGGAGACCAUUAUAGAAUGGGUGGAAAAAGAUAAGAAACCAUCCGGUCUUAAUUCAACUGUCUCUUCAGGUGACUAUGAAGGCGAAUUUCAACUUCUUUGCAAAUGGCCACUUCGUCCAUUUUGGAAAAGUAAUUCCAGUUAUGACUGUGUUUAUGACCAGGCAUCUUAUGAUUCUUGGACAUACACUUUUGAUGCCUUCAAAGUUCCAAUUUACUGA